AUGGGAGAUGAAGGCAGCAAUGGCGGCGACGGCGGAGGCGGUGGCGGAGGCAGGGAGGUGACGUCCCCGAGCAACAAGGUCAAGUUCCUGUGCAGUCACGGCGGGAAGAUCCUGCCGCGGCCGGCCACCUCAGAUUUGAUGAAGAAGCUGAGUGCCCAGAUCGAUUCGGACGUGGUCCUGAAGUAUCAGGUGGCGCAAGAGGAUCUCGACGCGCUGGUGUCGGUGCGAUCGGACGAGGAUCUCAGGCACAUGCUGGACGAGUAUGAUGCCGCUCAGCGGCGGGAACCUGAGGCUCCGGCCUUCCUGUUCCCCGCCAAUCCAACCGUGGUCGAGAACCAGACGGCUGCCCUGGAGCCGCAGACGCUGGAGCAGCGCUACGUCGACACCAUCAUCGGCAUCGUCCGGACCAUCCCCAACGUGAGGUUGGCCCCUCUCCGCGUGAGCUGUGCUGGGUUCAGCAUAUCCUCCGCCUGGUCCUCGCCGAAAUCGCCGUCUCCAGACAGCGGCCGCUCGACCGAUGCCACGGCCCAGGAGACCUUCACGUUCAACGGGAGGUGGCUCCCGAUGACCAAGGUGGAGUCCAAUUGGGCUUACUACUUUGCGAUGAUAUGCCAGACUUGUUCAAUUGGCGAACUUGAGAAUGUCGAGUUCGGGGUAUAG